AGUUUGACGUACUGUGCGUUCAGAGAUGCUCUUAUGCCCACCUUGGUUGUAACGGGUGGUUAUUUGAGUCACUGUUGCCCUUCUAUCAGCUCGAACCAGUCUGGCCAUUCUCCUCUGACCUCUGGCAUCAACAAGGCAUUUCCGCCCACAGAACUGCCGCUCACUGGAUGUUUUUUCUUUUUCGGACCAUUCUCUGUAAACCCUAGAGAUGGUUGUGCGUGAAAAUCCCAGUAGAUUAGCAGUUUCUGAAAUACUCAGACCAGCCCUUCUGGCACCAACAAUCAUGCCACGUUCAAAGUCACUCAAAUCACCUUUCUUCCCCAUACUGAUGCUCGGUUUGAACUGCAGGAGAUUGUCUUGACAAUGUCUACAUGCCUAAAUGCACUGAGUUGCCGCCAUGUGAUUGGCUGCUUAGAAAUUAAGUGUUAACGAGCAGUUGGACAGGUGUACCUAAUAAAGUGGCCGGUGAGUGUAUAUAGCAGAAUUUAAAAUCCAUAUCUCCAAAAGACUAUCUGACCGGUUAUCAGUGUACACAGCAGAAAUAGUAGCAGUCAUUAUUGCACUACAGUGGGUAGAAGAGGUCCGACCUGAUAGGAUGGUACUGUGCACAGACUCUUUGGCCGUAAUCAAAAGUAUGCAGUCAUUAACAUCAAUAAGAGAAGAUCUACUAAUAGAACUUUUUAACAGCUUAUUUAGAUUGCAUCAGGGUGGCAUUGAGAUUCAGCUUUGUUGGGUACCAGCACACGAGGGGGUUAAAGGGAACGAGAUGGCCGAUAGACUGGCCAAAGAGGCACUGCUUAAAGCAAUUAUAAUCACAAUCCCACUAGGAAAAGGCGAAGGUAAAGCAGUGGUUAAAAGGAAAGGUCUUGAAAUAUGGCAGAAACGUUGGGAGGAAGACAGGAAAGGUAGGAGAUACUAUAAAAUACAAAAAAAGUGUCACUAUAAAAUACUAAAAAAGUGUCAGUAUAAAGAACUUCAUGGAAAAUACCAGGCGUGAAGACAUUGCAAUGACAAGACUGAGAGUGGAUCACACAGGGCUGAAUGGCACAUUAUUUUUAAUGGGGAAAAGGAACAGUGAUAACUGUGGAAACUGUCGGGUUAAAGAAAAUGCUGAACAUGUCAUAAUGAAGUGGAAAGGCAUGUGCUUAAAGAUAAGGUUCAGGAGGCAGGGAGGGAGUGGAACCUGGUAGGGAUACUGGGAUCAGAAGGAGAAGGAAUAAGAACUACAAGGAAGGCUCUAAUUACCUUCUUAAAAGACUCAGGGAUAUGGAGUAGAAUUUAAAGGACAUGACUAUACACACUUUUUCUUUGCGAACGCGAGCUGCAAAUUGAAUCUGCCGCACAAUACUAUCGUGACAUGCGAAAGAUUAAAGCAGAUGACGGGCCAUGCGCGACUGACAACGUCAUCGUGCGAUGCUUCCUCUGUUUAAAAAGGUCCAGGCAGACACUUGUCACAUCAAAGUUUCGCUGUGUGGCCCUGUAAUGAGUGAGUAUGUGACACUGACAGACUGAAAGCAACCAUGCGCAGGCAGAUCAAUAUGAUCGCGGUUAUCUUUCUGCUGUGUGCCGUCGAGCUUCACUGCUCUCAUGGCAUCGCAGCGCAGAAUCAGGCCUGUGCGUCCAACCCUGAGGCGGCAUGUUUUGUGCCAUUUGACUAUCUGAAUGCGUCUGGUUCUGUGAGCGUAGAAGUGUGUCCCGGUAAGACACUCGUCAUUUCUCUGGAGCAGCUCUCUGAAUUCCCUGUUUGUCAAUGGAUCAAAGGAGCAGACACGAUACUAACCGUAAACGGGAGUAGCUCCAUGGUCCUAUCGGCGCUGUCUGAAACAGAUUCUGGGGAGUUUACGCUGAGCUGUGAAAGUAGCGAAGGGACCAGGAGGUCUCUGGCUGUGUCUCUGCGUGUAGUAAACAAACGUCCCACAAAACCAAAGCUGACACUGUCCAAUGUGGAAGAUCCCAUGCGUUCCCCUUUAUUUACAUGCAGCUCUGAGGGCUGCCCAAAGCCCACAAUUGAAUGGUCUGGAAACAAACGUGGGGAAGAUGUUCCUGCAAAAGGUUUAAUGGCAAUUAGCAAAUUAUCCAGUAUAUACUUAAUGAGUGAAGCGAUGUGCUGUGCUACCAACGCCGAAGGACAAGAAUGCUCUCCGGUUUAUGACUACGACCUAGACACUGACUUAAGUAAUAAUGUCUCUACUCCCAUCCUGAGCCCCGGUCAGUCUCUACUCCUACGCUGCCGAAUGAAACGUAUAUCAUGGGCAAUAAGACCUGAUUGGGAGAACAGCUCAAGAGUGGGUACCAAAAUAUCAGCAUGCUCUUCUCAAGUCAAAGAGAUUUGCACCAAGGCGGAUAGCCUUGAUGGCAUUUAUAUGUCCUACCUGUUGAUCCGGUCUGUUAACGUGCACCACAGCGGGACAUACACCUGCAGGACUGAUAACAACAAAACAAAGUCUGUGGACAUCCGAGUCCAAGCCGAGGGCUUGGUCUCUGUCCAGCUAGACGAGAACCUGACCAUAUCGGCUGAGAAUGCGUCCCACCACUGUUUGGAGGCCACUGUUUCCUACCAACAUGUGAUGCAGCAAUGCUCCUGGGAAGCUCCUGAUGAAAAAGUGACUAAAUGCCAGAGGGACACAUGGGUAACACAUCACAGGAUCGUGAAGCUAUGUGAUGGACUUAAGUCAGGAGAUUAUAAAUUACACCUGGAGGCUGACGGACAAAAAGUAACAAAGACUAUAUCAGUGUGUGUUGUAGAACGUCCCACAAAACCAAAGCUGACACUGUCCAAUGUGGAAGAUCCCAUGCGUUCCCCUUUAUUUACAUGCAGCUCUGAGGGCUGCCCAAAGCCCACAAUUGAAUGGUCUGGAAACAAACGUGGGGAAGAUGUUCCUGCAAAAGGUUUAAUGGCAAUUAGCCAAAUAUCCAGUAUAUACUUAAUGAGUGAAGCGAUGUGCUGUGCUACCAACGCCGAAGGACAAGAAUGCUCUCGACUUUAUGACUACGACGUAGACACUGACUUAAGUAAUAAUGUCUCUACUCCCAUCCUGAGCCCCGGUCAGUCUCUACUCCUACGCUGCCGAAUGAAACGUAUAUCAUGGGCAAUAAGACCUGAUUGGGAGAACAGCUCAAGAGUGGGUACCAAAAUAUCAGCAUGCUCUUCUCAAGUCAAAGAGAUUUGCACCAAGGCGGAUAGCCACGAUGGCAUUUAUAUGUCCUACCUGUUGAUCCGGUCUGUUAACGUGCACCACAGCGGGACAUACACCUGCAGGACUAAUAACAACAAAACAAAGUCUGUGGACAUCCGAGUCCAAGCCGAGGGCUUGGUCUCUGUCCAGCUAGACGAGAACCUGACCAUAUCAGCUGAGAAUGCGUCCCACCACUGUUUGGAGGCCGCUGUUUCCUACCAACAUGUGAUGCAGCAAUGCUUCUGGGAAGCUCCUGAUGAAAAAGUGACUAAAUGCCAGAGGGACACAUGGGUAACACAUCACAGGAUCGUGAAGCUAUGUGAUGGACUUAAGUCAGGAGAUUAUAAAUUACACCUGGAGGCUGACGGACAAAAAGUAACAAAGACUAUAUCAGUGUGUGUUGUAGACAAACCAAGGGUCCAAUUCAAUUAUUCUGGUAACAUAACCGCAUACACCGUCACUCUUGUUCCAGCAAAAUACACCUGGAUAAUGUGUCACAACAGCAGCUGUGCAAAUGAAUCUUCCUGGGUGGAGUUAAAAGACACCUCUCAGACGGACUCGGAUGACAAAUGUUACAAGACAAUCAAGAGCUUGCUCAAGAGAGAUCCGGCUCCUGGAGAACUUUUUAAGUUUUGCGUGACAAACAAAUUUGGAUCCUGGUGCGAACCCUUAAACAUACAUUCACCCAAACCCCCCAAAGCUCCUGCAAAUGCUGAUGACGGCCUCUUCAUGGUGCUGAAAGUAGGCGGUUUGAUUCUGCUCCUGGCUUUAGCAAUGGGUAGCCUGGUUCUCCUGUACUUCAUCAAAAAGAAGAAACACCGGUAUCAGCCCCAGCUCCAGAUCAUCCAGAUGGUUGGACCCAAUCAGCGGCUUUGUCAGGAGCUGGGCUCCGGGGCUUUUGGCACGGUGGUCCAGGCUACAGCCUUCAACAAGAUCCGCUUCAGCAACCUUUUCCACCACAAAGUGCAGCCCAACAGAACCUCUGGCGAGGAGGACUCAGCCGUGGGAAACUACAUGCCCAUGUAUGGCACUGCCACUAGAGGGCAGGAGGACAUCGCUCUCCUGGGCGACAUGGACAGCUACGAAGACGCGAUGAUCGACGAAGACUGCGACGAGCAGACGGAGGACCUGCAAAUCCUGACCUUUGAUGACCUGCUGAGCUUUGCCUUCCAAGUGGCCAAAGGCAUGGAGUUCCUCUCCUCCAAGAAUUGUAUCCAUCGGGACCUGGCAGCUCGGAACGUGUUGGUGACAAGUGGCAAGCGGGUGAAAAUUGGUGACUUCGGUCUGGCCAGAGACAUCGAAAACGACUCCAACUACGUCGUGAGAGGAAAUGUGUGGUACUUUUUUUUUUUUGGAGAGGUUUCAAUGGUUGCCAGAAAAUAAAUGAACAUCAAAUGA